AUGCUGCCUGUGCAAAUUCUGAAAGAUCAUGCCCAAGAAGAGCGUGGAAAUACUGCUCGUCUUAGCUCAUUUGUUGGGGCCAUUGCCAUCGGGGACCUCGUGAAAUCCACGUUGGGACCAAAGGGAAUGGACAAAAUUCUAAUAAGUGGAAAUGGUGAGCAUCAAGGCAUCAAAGUCACUAAUGAUGGCGCUACAAUUUUGAAGUCUAUUGGUGUUGACAAUCCUGCUGCCAAAGUUCUUGUCGGUUCGUUUUUCGGUGUUCACGAAUAA